GGCACACGUCUGAUAUAGUGAGAGCUCAUAGGUCAGAGAGUUUUGGCCUAAGGACAGCCAACCCAUCAGUUCCCACCAGGCACAUGUCAGAAAUAUUCAGACGGCCAUCGUCUCUGAGCUGUGACCCGCUGCAAGCUCAGGCAAGAUCAGAGGUUCUUGGUGAUGAGAAAAGGAAAGACCUAAGCCCUGGUCUCUGCUACCUGGAGCAGGUGUGCCAAAUGUUGGAGGAAAUAGCCAGACAGCAGAUGCACAGCCGAGCCCUACAGAUGGAGAUGGAUGCCCUGCGGGAGCAUCAAGAGAUGGAGGCGAGCCAGCCUGCCGACACCUGUCAGAAUGACUCCAAAGCUGCUGAAGAGGAUCCCAUGUGCAGUCAGAAUCAAGGAAAAGCCAACAGCUUAGACUACAGACGGAAAAGUCAUCCUUAUGGGCAUUUUAGACAAAGAUCAGCCUCAGACACCACCAUUGCAUUAAUGCAUUUAAAAAUGACGAAUACAGACUGCAGAGGGCAGCACCUGACUGAGAAAAGCCUGCAGGAGGAGGAAGUUCAUAAAGAGCAGGAGUCUAAAAAAGACGAGUCUAAUGUUCCUCACAAAAACUGGAAGUUAAAAUUGGGAUCCUUGAGAAGAGAGGGCUCAGCUUUGAAAGGCCAACAGAUGCAGCCAUCUGAAAGGAACUCGGCCCGACGACGCUUGAGCCAGCUGUUCAGGAGGAGCAGGAAAACUCUGCCUGCAUAAAUGGAGCACAGAGUGUUUGAACAUUUAGGUUUCAGUUCAGAGGAGGAGAAAAUGUCUGCUGCUGUAAACUCACUUUUUGUACAACCCAAUUGAUGUAGCAAACUGCACUGUAUAGCCUAUUUAUUGUUUGCUGUUUACUUGCCUUUUUUACUUAAACAGACUUGCUUUAAUAUCUCUAUGGUAAACUACAUUUUCCUAUUACAGCAGCAAAUUUGCAAGUUAUUGUG